AUGGUGCUUCGAGUCGUCAACAUUAUCAUAAUGUCGGCCAUGAUCCCUACCAGGGUGAUACCCGGUAUAGUGGGGCUUACGGAGGAUGACAAGCACAACCGAAGAGAUGACCACAGCCUGAAGCGCGAGGAUGAGAAGCGCCGCCAGGCAGCUGAUCGCGAACAGCCGUCCAAUCUGCAAGUCAUAACGAAGUUCCAGGAAGGCUCUGUAAAGGAACGACUCCAGCUUGAGGAUGCCAAGGUUUACGCGCAUCCAAAAGAAACGACCUCUGAGUUGCGGUACGGGAGUUGGGAAGAUAGCGAGGGUCAGAUAUGCGGGCCUUGGGAUGCUACACAAGAUGAGCAGGAAUACGUGACACUACAAGACAAUCAGUGGCUGGCCGUGCAGUUGCCCAAUAGUGAAGAACAACAAGCAUGGCAGCCCUACUACAAUGGCAAAGACAGCAGUGCAGCAUUGCCAGCUGGCGCAAGAUUCAUGGAAGUCCAUCUGAAACGACUUCCAGUGUCAUAG